GCCCAUAUAAAGCCCAUGUCGCCAAAACAUAUUUUCGCUGGAAGGUUGAUUUUUGAUCACCUACGACUCUUCCAUUUAGUUGUCACCGUUUCACCGUUUCAGUUUUCUCUGAGAGACGAUAUACGAGAAUAUAUGAGAGUCUUGGUGGUUGGUGCCAGUGGAUUGGGCUGUAAGCUUCUCAAGGACUUGGCUCUUUCCGGGUUUCGUAAUCUGGAUGUGAUUGACAUGGAUCGAAUCGAAGUUACCAAUCUCAAUCGCCAGUUCUUCUUAAGACUUGAGGAUGUAGGAAAGCCUAAGGCAGAGGUAGCUGCAAGGUGUGUCAUGGAGAGAGUGAGUGGAGUGGAGAUUGUGCCGCAUUUUUCACGUAUAGAAGACAAAGAGCUUGACUUUUAUAACGAUUUUAAUAUCAUUGUUCUUGGUCUUGAUUCCAUCGAAGCUCGGAGAUACAUCAAUGGCGUAGCUUGUGGGUUUUUUAAGUAUGAUGAGGAUGAUAACCCGAGGAGUGAAGAGCAAGAGGGUCAUGUAGUCAUGGUAAGAUUCUAUUUCAUUUUUCUUCGCAUCACCCUGUGUAAAGUUCACAGCUUUUUAUUUUGAGAUUCACUUAGUCGU